AUGGGAAGCAUUCGCAGCGUUAGGGAAGCUACGGACCAACUGACGGACCAAGAUCUUCGUGCCCAUCUGUUCGACUCGACAGUCCUUCCAUCGCUCUGUUACGCAGCGGAGACGUGGGCAAACACCGCGGCCACGUCGAGGAAGCUACUUACUACCCACAGAGUCCUUGAGAGAUGUCUCCUGAAGUUUAACCGGCGCACACAACACCUUGCCGGUCUUCGUAGCUCCGACUUAAGAGGAAUGUCCCGUCUUCGCGACCCAGCGGAAUAUGUAUCGAAAGCAAAAUAUAGAUGGGCCGGUCACAUCAUGAGAAGGAUCGACGAUAGAUGGACUAAAAGAACGCUAAAGUGGAUCCCAAGGGUGAAAGCUAAACGCCCCCGAGGGAGACCGCCAACGAGAUGGGGUGAAGUGUUCGCUGCACGGAUGGACCAGCUGAGAGCUCAGCUGGAUACGGCUCAAGGACCUCGUCAACGUCACUCGCGAAGCUUGAGAACAUCUUGGAUGACAAUGGCGAGGGAACGAAACGAGUGGAAGAGAUGCUGGGGCCCGCACGUCGAGUGA